CAAGUGUUUGGAAUGGGGCGUCCGUCCGGGUAUGAGAGCCUGUAAGCUCCGUUUCCCAGGGCCUCUGAAAUUCGAAAAGGUCCUUCCCAUUUGGCUACGAGCUUGCCGUGAGUUGCCGUCCGCCGAGCUUCUCUAGUCUUUAUCCAUACUAAAUCGCCCUCCUGGAAGUUCCUAGGCCAAACUUUUGAGUUGUAUUUUCUUUCUACCAUUCGCCUACACGCUUCUGCCCUUAAAACCGUCCGGUCUCUUCGUUCUUCCAGGGAGUCAAGUUCCACCCUUAACUCCUCAUCGUUUAACUGAAGGUCCUCCAUCUGGCGGCGUAGAGAGGGUUCUCCCAACUCGACAGGCAACAUGGCGUUAGUGCCAUAUGUCAAGUUAAAAAACGUCUCUCCGGUUGUCCCAUGCGGGGUACACUGAUAAGCCCAUAACACUUCCGGGAGCUCUUCAACCCACGCUCCCUUCCUUCCGCCCAAUCGCUUUUUCAACUCGGCCACGAUGGUCUUGUUCACGGCUUCCACCUGACCGUUCGUUUGAAAAUGCUCCACCGAACUCGUAACGUGCUUGAUCCCCAAACCCUUGUAAAAUUCUGCCAACUUUUUAUUAACGAAUCGUCGUCCGUUUUCCGUAACGAUUGUUCGUGGAAGACUGAAUUGACACACCAAUUUCUAGCAGAAUUUCUGUACCUGCGACGCCGUGAUGGUCACUAAGGGUUCAGCCUCCACUCAUUUGGUGAAGUAGUCGAUUACUACCAGGAGGAACUUCUUCUGCGUCCGGCCCAUGGGGAACGGGCCGACUAUGUCCAUCCCCCAUUGAGCGAACGGCCAGGGCGACGUCAUGGUGUGCAAGGUGUGUGGUGACGCGUGUGUGUUGUGGCGUGGGCUUGACAGCUGAGGCACUUCUGAGCGAAGGACCUAGUGUCCUCCUCCAUGGUCGGCCAAUAGUAUUCGGCCCGCAACACUCGAGCUUUCAGAGCUCGACGACCGGUGUGGAAUCCAUAGAUUCCAUUAUAGAGCUCGUUCAUGACGUAUUGUGCUUCUUCCUUACCGAGGCACUUGAGGAGGGGGAUGGAAAACCCUCUCCUAUAUAAAUCGUCCCCUACGAAAAGGUAGCAGACAAUCUUCUUGGCGUUGGCCGGCUUAAUCGGUUGACCUGCAUCUUGCUGGGCCAUUACUGCUCGAAUCUCCGUUCGCCAGUCCCCGACUUCAUCCUUUGACACCGCCAAACAUUCGACUGACGGUUGCAGCAAUACUUGGCGUAUGAUUGUCGUCAACUGCCCUUUAUCUUUCCCCGAACUUAGCUUCGCUAACAUGUCUGCCCGAGUGUUGUCCUCGCGGGGAAUGUGUCUGAUGUCGACCUUAUCAAACAGUUUUGCCAGGGCAGUCGCUUUGUGGAAAUACCGGAGGAGUUGUUCCUCCUUCACUUGGAACUCUCCAUUCAUCUGUCCCACGACAAACUGGGAAUUCGUCCGGCACACCACCCUCCGUGCCCCCAUAUCCCUUGCUAGCUCCAGGCCGGCCACUAGGGCCUCAUACUCUGCCUGGUUAUUGGAGGCUUUGAACUUGAAGAUCAACGAAUGUUCCAAGAUCAACGAAUGUUCCAGCGUGGAGUUCUUGUUCUUGAGCCAGAAAAAACAGGAGGUGAGGCUGUGGAUAUUACUCCUAAGGAGUUUGGAGUGAGAACAUUGGCUCAGGAAUAUGGAGGCGCUGCUUUUACUGUUUCUGGGGAUGUUGUCUUCUUUGCAAAUUACAAUGAUCAGAGGUUGUACAAGCAGUCCAUCAGUUCUCUGGAUGAGCCUCCUUUACCACUCACUCCGGAUUAUGGUGGACCCGUAGUCAGCUAUGCUGAUGGAAUAUUGGAUGCACGAUUUAACCGUUUUCUUUGUGUUAGGGAAGAUCGUCGUGAAAGCAGUCUAAAUCCACCUACAACUAUUGUAUCCAUAGCACUUGGCAGCAAAGAUGUUCAGGAACCAGUUGUUCUAGUUGGUGGGAGUGACUUCUAUGCCUACCCACGUCUAGAUUCUAAAAGUGAGAGAAUAGCAUGGAUUCAGUGGAAUCACCCCAACAUGCCAUGGGACAAAACAGAACUUUGGGUUGGCUAUAUUUCUGAAAAUGGUGAGAUCUACAAACGUGUUUGUGUUGCUGGGCAUGAUCCUUCACUUGUGGAGUCUCCAACUGAACCCAAGUGGUCCUCUGAGGGGGAGUUGUUUUUCAUCACAGAUAGAGAAAAUGGUUUUUGGAAUCUCCACAAAUGGAUUGAGUCUGAGAAUAAGGUCGUGUCAGUUUAUUCUUUAGAAGCUGAGUUUACAAGGCCACUCUGGACGUUUGGUGUGAAUUCUUAUGAAUUUGUUCAAAGUUCUAAACAGUUAAUUGCUUGCAGUUACAGGCAGCAUGGAAAGUCAUAUCUGGGUAUUGUUGAUGUAGAGGGCUCAAAGCUAACUGUGAUUGAUUUCCCUUGCACAGACAUAAAUAACAUAACAUCUGGUAAUGAUUUCUUGUACGUGGAGGGAGCAUCUGAGGUUCUUCCAUCAUCAGUGGCCAAGGUGACUUUUGAUGAUGAUAAAUCAAAAGCAGUGGAUUUCAAUAUUAUCUGGUCCUCAUCACCAGAUAGUCUAAAGUAUAGCUCAUACAUCAGUAAGCCAGAGUUGAUUGAAUUCCCAACUGCCGUUCCUGGUCAAAAUGCUUAUGCAUACUUUUACCCACCAUCUAAUCCUGAUUUCCAAGCUAGUGAAGAAGAAAAGCCUCCACUGUUAUUGAAGAGUCACGGUGGCCCAACUCAAGAAACUCGUGGAAUUUUAAAUUUGAGCGUUCAGUACUGGACUAGCCGAGGUUGGGCAGUCGUUGAUGUUAAUUAUGGGGGAAGCACUGGUUAUGGCAGGGCAUACAGAGAACGACUUUUGAGACAGUGGGGAAUAGUUGAUGUUAAUGACUGUUGUAGUUGUGCUACAUAUUUGGUGGAGAGUGGAAAGGUGGAUAAGGAGAGGCUGUGUAUAAUGGGUGGCUCUGCUGGUGGGUAUACCACCUUGGCAGUUCUUGCUUUCAGAAAUACUUUUCAGGCUGGUGCUUCUUUGUAUGGAAUAGCUGACUUCAAUUUGUUGAGAGCAGAAACUCAUAAGUUUGAAUCCCAUUAUGUUGAAAAUCUAGUUGGAGGUGAUAAGGAGAUGUAUGAAAGAUCUCCUAUUAAUCAUGUUGAUGAUUUUUCUUGUCCCAUUAUAAUAUUUCAAGGAUUGGAGGACAAGGUUGUGCCACCGGAUCAAGCUGAAAAAAUAUACCAGGCAGUGAAGGAGAAAGGUGUGCCAGUUGCUCUUGUUGAGUAUGAAGGGGAACAACACGGUUUCCGAAAGGCUGAGAACAUUAAGAAUACAAUUGAACAAGAAAUGGUAUUCUUUGCACGAUUGAUUGGGCACUUUGAUGUUGCUGAUGAUAUUACUCCUAUCAAAAUUGACAACUUUGAUUGCUAAUGGCUUUUCUAGAGGUACUCAUGUUGAAUUUCUCUGCAACUAUGUAAAAGAAAGUCAUUAGCAUUCUUUCUUCUCCCAAAUCCAAAUUGUGCUCUGCAGUAACUGAGAAACUCGGAUGAAAAUUCUUGCAGCCAUAUAGAAAGUCUAUAUUAAUGCUCAUUCGAAAGAACAGUGUGCUGAGUUUCUACGAUAUCAAUUUAGCAGUGUAUCUUGUUUUCUAAUUAUGAAUUUAUGUUUUGAAAGUGUGUUGAAGAUACUGUAUAUGUUUCUUUUCUACAAUAUCUGUCUUGAAUGGAUAAAGUGGGCAAUGAUAAACCUUACCAUUAUAAUAUUAAACUUUGUUAUGUUUU